AUGGGCUUCGAUGCGAUUAUGAUUUCUCCCAUCAUCGAAAAUGUCCAUGGUCGCGUGUCCUACGGCGAGGCGUAUCACGGAUACUGGCCGUUAGAUCUGUAUAAUGUCAAUGCUCAUUUUGGAACGCCGGAUGAUCUGCGCGAUCUCAGCAAUGCCCUUCACGCCCGGGGUAUGUAUCUCUUGAUGGAUACCGUCAUCAACAACAUGGCCUACAUCACGAAUGGUAGCAACCCUGCGACUUCGAUCGACUACUCGGUGCUCACCCCCUUUGAUCGAUCGGACUACUACCAUCCGUACUGCAAAAUCACCGACUGGACCAACUAUACCAACGCAGAGCUGUGUCAAACAGGCGACAACAUCGUGGCUCUUCCGGAUCUGUAUACCGAACACAGCGAGGUGCAGGAAAUAUUGGAGAAUUGGGCAAACGAUAUGAUAUCAAACUACUCCAUUGAUGGUCUGAGAAUUGACGCUGCAAAACAUGUCAGCCCGGGGUUCCUGAAGAACUUUGGAGAUAGCGUGGAUACUUUCAUGACCGGGGAAGUGCUUGAGGAAAGUUUUGACAUCAUUUGCAAGUAUCAGCGGGACUACAUAGGAAGCUUACCCAAUUACCCGAUAUACUAUGCUAUGUUAAAUGCGUUCACCCUGGGCAACAUAAGCUCACUCGCCCUUGAGGUGGAGAUGGUGAAGAAUGCGUGUCCUGAUGUUACCGCCUUGGUUUCUUUCUCCGAGAACCAUGAUGUUGCUCGGAUCGCCAGCAUGGUCCCGGAUAUUGCGGUAUGUCUCACUGUCCCCGAGGGUGGAAGAAAAAAAGAAAAGAAAAGAAGAAAAAAGAAAAGAGAAGAAAAGAAAUCCUUCAGACUUCAGGUACUAAUCCUCGGUAUCAUGCAGCUUGCAAAAAAUGUCAUCACUUUCACCCUUCUCUUCGAUGGGGUUCCGAUGAUAUAUCAAGGCCAGGAACAACACUUUGACGGUGGGACGACUCCACAAAACCGAGAGGCAUUAUGGACUUCUGGAUAUAAUACCGAUUCAGAACUCUACAAGAUGAUUGCCAAGAUCAAUCGUAUCCGCUCGCACAUCAUUGGGCUGAACUCGGAUUACUUGGACGCGCAAUCUCACGUUAUCUACCAAGGUAGUAGCGACAUUGCCUUUACGAAGGGCGUGGACGGACGACAAAUGAUCAUGCUUCUGUCGUCCCAAGGAUCCAAAGGUAAGCCCUAUACGGUCAGUUUACCUGUCGGCUAUAAUGCCGGGACAACCGUGACGGAGACCCUGAGCUGUAAGACGUAUACGGUGAACAACCUCGCAGAGUUUGUGGUCGAGAUGGACGCCGGAGAGCCGCGGGUCUUUUUCCCCACUCAGUUCAUGAAUGGAAGUGGUCUCUGUGGAUACCCAUUGAGCAAUAUCUCGUAUUCCGAGUUGAGAACGGGGCAUUUGUCUAUGGGGGCAUCCUGGGGUAUUGGGACCGGAAAAGAUUCCCGGGCGAGGGUCACCGCACCUCUAGGACUUAUGGUAGUCGUUAUGAUGUAUAUGCUCUUUUAA